AUGCCCUCGUUCGGGGCAGCGGCAGAGCCCCCCCGCACCCCGGGCAGCCGGCGGGCACGCAAGGAUCCCGCUCCGAGCGGCGCCUUUCGGGCUCCCGGCGCCCCGCCCCGUACGGAGCAAGGGCAGUCCGCGCCGCUCCCGGUGCCGCUCCCGCCACCGGUGCGGUUCCCGGCGCGGUUCUCGGAGCGCCUCCCGGUGCCGCCCCCGGCGCGGCAUCCUCCCGGCGCGCCCCCGGGAGCGCACGGCCAAGCGAUCCCCGGCACGCCGGUCCGGGCCGGCAGCAUGCCCCGCGGGCCGUCCUGGACGCAGGCGGAGGUCGACAGCCUGCUGUUGCUGGUGCGGGACUCGGGGGAGUCCGCGCUGCUCAUGGCCUCCACGUCGCGACCCAACGAGGCGCUGUGGCGGGAGAUCUGCCAGGGGCUGGCGGCCGCCGGCUACGAGCGCACCGUGGCCCAGUGCCGCUCCAAGUGGAAGGCGCUCAAGCAGGCUUUCCACUUGGAGCGGGAGAGGCGCCGCAGGGCAGGACUGCGCUCGGCCCUGCUGCCGUCGCACUACCGAGCCAUGAAGAGCAUCUGGAAGGCGGCGAGGCAGCCCGUGUUUGGCGAACGGAGGAUGCCAGUCGAGAUGAGGCUGCCCUCCAGAGGGCGCGGGUCAGCCCUUGCCACACGCUCUCCAUCCUCACCAGAGCCGCCAGGGAGCCCGCACGGCGUUGGCAGGAACACCCCCAACUUGCUCCUGCCACCGAUGCUGCAGCGUGUCAAGGACGAGCCAGAGACCUGCUUUCCUGGUGAGACAUCCCUGGGGAUGGGAAGAGGAAACCAAGCGCUGCCACUGGCUGCUGCAGCCACGGGCUCCCACGGGACAGCAGCCACGAGUGAGCAGCCAGCAGCAGGAUCUGGAGUGACAGGCUUGCCCCAGAAUGUCCAGCAACUGCUGCUGGAGAUCCUGUACAUAUCACAGCAGCAGCAGGCACUUCUGGAGAACCUCUACCACAGCAUCGUGGAGAUGGGCGAGACCCUGCGCCAGCUUCUGCUCCAGACACACACCUAUCCUUGCCCCCUUUGCCAUUGUGUCCCCCCCAUGCCCCUUUUUAAGGGUGCCUCUGGGGUGCCCUACCACCCCGGUGCUCCUCACACUUCCCCGGAUCACAAAGAGAAGCUUUAG